AUGCAAUCCCCUCUUAAAACUCUUGACAGUUUAGACUAAACAAAUGCUUACCAACUGUCCAAUUAUGCAGACAAUCCCAAAACGCGAACCUGUCUGGAUAUUUUGGGCUCUUAAUAAGGAAUCCAUAUCUAAGAAAGAUUUGAACCUAUUUCAUUUGGAUUUCCAACUCCCAAUGUGUUUCGAGUAUACUCAGCUGAUCAUUUAGGAGACUAAAUAGAAAUGUAAUAAUUAUUCAAAUGUAAAGAAAAAUCCACGGACUGUGACAGAUGCUGUUUAGGGUAUUUAAUAUAAAAUAUUUAGACCAAAGAUAAGACCUUUUGAGAUGUUUGUCGAUAAUUUUGGAUGCAGUGACUAUUAGUUUAAUAAAAAUUAAUAAUUCUAAUCAUCAGAUCAAACCAUUUUCAAGUUCAAAAGAGAGUAUUAAUGUACAUGUUGCUGUUGCAAUAGGUAAGUAUAUCUAUUGAGUUUAAUCUUAGGCCACGUCUUGAGGUUUAUUAUGUCGAAAAUGGAUAAAACAAAUAGUUAGGAUACAUUAUUGAUCCAAUUUAUUGUUGUCAAAUCGGUUGUAAUAUUUUUGAUUCUGACAAUUAACUGAGAUACAUGAUUGAGGCCAGUACUUGCCAAAGCUAUUUUUGGUGUAGGUGUCCUUGCAGUAUAGAAUGUAAUUAGAUUAACUUUGAUAUCAAACUGCCAACAGGAGAAGUGGGUACAAAAAAUAAAUGAAUUUAAUAGUUGCUUCCAUGUUAAAGUAGGUUAAGACUUGUUGCAAUACAGACUCAUUUUCCAUUUGUGACAAUAUAAGUGUUAUGUUCCCUUAAAAAGCAACAAAAGAGGAUAAAGCGUUAAUUUUAGCAGCCGCAAUCAUGAUUGAGUUUAUGUAUUUUGAAAAGCCCCGUUCCAGAUCUACCCAAUGA